AUGGGUGAUGUUGAGAAAGGCAAGAAGGUUUCUGUACAGAAAGGUGCUCAGUGCCACACUGUUGAGAAGGGAGGCAAGCACAAGACUGAACCGAAUCUCCAUAGUCUGUCUGGGAGGAAGGCAGGUCAGUCUCCUGGAUUCUCUUACACACAUGCCAACAAGAACAAAGGCAUCAACUGGGGAGAGGAUACACUGAUGGAAUAUUUGGAGAAUCCCAAGAAAUACAUCCCGGGAACAAAAGUGAUCUUUGCUGGCAUCAAGAAGAAGGGAGAAAAGGCAGACUUAAUAGCUUACCUCAGAAAGGAUACUAAUGAGUAA